AUGAGAAAUAAAUCUUGUCUUCCAGAAAUAUCAUUUAAAGACUAUUCCUAUAAAUAGUUUAAUGAUUCUUUUAUUACUACUUAGAGAUAUACCAAAAAUAAAUUUAAAUUGGAUCAAAUGCAAAGAAUCUAAAUAGGAAAAGAAAAAUAAUAAGAAUUUAAAAAUUUUAUUAAAACUGCAAUUGAUGAAACAAAAUAGAUAAGAAUUUAAGCAACACAACAAACCACAAAUACAUUUGGGGAUCCAAAAUAAUGGUUGAGAGCAUAAAAAGAAUAUUUUAAAUAACCAGAAUAAAAACAUAAAAUUUACAUUGAAAAUUAUGAACUCUAAUUGCCAACUUAAAUAAAUUUUAAAAAAUGGAAAUUUAAUGAAAGAUUUGAAUCAAUCAGAAAUCGAUCUUUUUCAAUGAGGAAAACAUCAAGUAGCUAAAGAAGAUAAUAUUAAUUUUGA